AUGUCCCUGAGGUCCCUGUGGGCGCUGCCGCUGCUGCUGGCCGGGCUGGGCGUGGUGUGCGCGGAGGAGCGCGGCCCGGGGGCCGCGCUGGCGGUGCCGGGCCCGCGGCCGCUGCGGCGCCGUUACUCGGAGGCGGCGCUGGCCAGCGACUACAGCCGCAGCGUGGAGCGCGUGCUCGGCAGGAGCUUCGUGCAGUGGCUGCUGGCCCGGCGCGAGAGGGACAGCCCCGACGCCGAGGAGCCCCUGGAGAGGGAGAGCAGGACCCCAAGAGGAGCCGGGGAUGGGGGAAAAUCGGAUUUUGGGGCGCCAGGAGCCAAAGAUUUCCUGGGAUGGCUCUGGAAAAACCGGGAAAUCCCGAGUUUUCCGGCUCUGGAAGGCUCCGAGGGCCUGAGGGAAUUUUUGGAGCAGGAAUUCCUGACCUGGCUGAUGUCGGGCGAGCUCUGCAGGGCCAAGUCAGUGCCUAAAAAUCCCAAAAAUGCCCCAAAAUUUGGGUUUUUUUGGGGUUUUUUUGGGAUUAUAUUCCCAGAGAAUGUGAUUUUCCACCCCGUCCCUGGAGGUGCCCAAGGCUGGGGAGUAGAACUGGAUGGGAUUUGGGAUUUGGGAUUUGGGAUUUGGGAUUUUUCCAACCCAAACUCAGGAUUCGGGGAUUUGGUUGAUUUUUCUGAAAUUAUUUCAGCCGCCUCACCCAAUCAGCGAGCGCCCGCCGCCCUCAACCCACCAAUCACCACCACCCGCGUCCCCGCCCCUCCCUCCCCGCCUUCUCCCCCGCCAUCCCCGGAUGAGGGGAGGCGGGGUUUCCUCGGCGCUCGGCCAAUGGGGAGGGCGGGCGCGGGCGCGCGCGCGCGGCGGCAGCCAAUGGGAGCGGAGGACGCCGGCGGGGACACGGCCAAGGUGACGCUGCCCACAGAGCCGCCGCCGCCGCCGGCCCGAGCGGACCCCGCGCAGGUGGGACCCGGCCCGGGCCGGCCCCGCGCCCGCCGCUGCCCCCGCGGCUCCCGCCCGGAGCCUCGGGCCCGGCCGAUCCUCGCUGGGGUCGUGCCCUUCGCUGCCCGGCGGGCGGUGGGGCCUGCGCUGCCCUCGGCGGGGGUGGGGGGGGGGUCGUGA